AGGAUCUUGCUGGAAUGAUUCGCUUUCAUCUUGCCUCGACCAUAGUCGUCGUGGGGUGCAUCAUUGCAUAUGUGUCAGGUGUUCCACUGCAGGAUAGACAGUCAUCAUCGUCAGUAGCCACUCAGCUCUCACAAGAUUUCCUCACAGCAGAAGUACACUUGCAUCGAAAGCAUGCGCGCCAUUCAUUGGAGGGAAAGAACAAGACACACUACGAGGAUCCUUACACGACUUCUUGCCAAAGUGGCGAGGUAAACAUUACCAUCGUAGGGAUCGCAGGAGCCAUCUGCUCUCCAACCUGCUCGGUCAUGGACUCUUGUCCCAAGGACAAACCCCCAACCGUGACAGCCAAGGCUCAAUGUGCACUUCAGGACAUGUCGGGCAGAAAGUUUUGUGCCCUCAUCUGUAAUCCGCCCGAUGAGAAGGGCAACGAUGACGGGGAGUGCGGGGAGAACGCCUCUUGCAAGGCCAUCAGCGGAGUUGGCAUUUGCACCUACGACCAGUGAGGCCGUUGGAGAGGUAAAGUAGUCUACAAGGCAAUCCAUGAUAUUCACAAGUACACUUAUUCAAACUG